AUGCCUUUCUGGGUCGUAUAUCACACGGACUCCAUCUUCAAGGAUGCAGCAUCCAAAAAGGCUCUAGCUGCCUCUAUCACCAAACUUCACGAGGAUGUCAUCAAGAUCCCGAAGUUCUACGUUGUAGUCACAUUUGUCCCGACGCCGGCCGAUGGACUCUAUGUCGGAGGGGAAGAGACAAACAAGCCAUUUGUACGAAUCACCGUUGAUCAAAUCGCGGGCAAGAUGCCAUUGGACCGCCAGAACUACGCAUAUUGGACAAGCCAAAUCGACGCCGCGCUGGCUCCGCACAUUGCAGAGAAAGGAUAUGACUGGGAAUACCAUGUUGACGAAACUGAGCUUCUACUCUGGAAGAUCAAUGGAGUAUACGCUCCUACCUUAUACAGCCCGGAGUUCAUGAAGUGGAAGGAGGCAAACAAGGUCCUUCCAAGAGAGACUGAUGAGCUUCCAGACCAAGUCAUAGUUUAA